AUGAGUGAUCUCCUGAAGCGAGCAGGCAUGACUGACUGCAAGCCGCUGGCUACUCCAGCUGCCCUUACUCAGCCUGUUACACCAUCCACAGAGGACUUUGACAACCCCACUCAAUAUCGCCGCCUAGUUGGAGCGCUCCAGUACCUAACGAUAACACAACCGGAUCUCUCCUACGCUGUCAAUCGCCUGUGUCAAUUCAUGCAUACACCGACUGCUGACCAUUGGGCCCUUCUGAAACAUGUCCUCCGGUAUGUUAAGGGUACGACUACUCAUGGUCUUCGUUUGACUGCCUCGACUUCAGCAGAUAUUCACGCCUACUCGGAUUCAGACUGGGCGGGCUGUCCUGUAGAUCGCAAGUCCACCAGUGGAUAUGCAGUGUUUUUAGGGACCAACCUGGUCUCUUGGGUCUCGCACAAGCAACGGACGGUGGCGCGCUCGUCAACAGAGGCAGAAUACAAGGGUCUCGCCGAUGUUGCUGCAGAAGUCACGUGGGUUACCUCUCUUCUACGUGAGCUGGGUCUCCACUCCGGCGUACCACCCACUUAA